ACUUUGAAGUCUUUCUUUAAAAUGAUUUGCUUCUGACAAAAACAAUCGCCCUUUAUUGGUUUAAGAAAACAAUGGUUGAAAAGGACAAAUUUCUUGUAGUAAUAUCUGUCUUAGAGGGAAGAAGAUUCCCUAAGCGAUCAAAACACAAGAUAAUCACGGAGGCUCGUUUUGAUGGGGAGCUUCUGUCCACUGACCCUGUAGAUCACACAGAAACUCCAAACUUCACACAGGAACUGGCCUGGGAACUUGACAAGAAAGGCCUACAACAACACAGAUUGCAGAGGACCUCCAUUAAAAUUCAGUGUUAUGCAUGUGACAGUUCAUCCACCUUUAAGGAGGCAAUAGGAUAUGUUGUACUGGAUCUAAGAUCAGUUACAACCAAACAGACUCCAAAAUGGUAUCCACUUCUACACUCAAAAUACAGCAAAAAUAAAUCAGAAAUUCGCUUAGCUAUUUACUUAGAAAAUGAUAAAAGUGGUGGUGAGCAAGAAACAAGCUUUAAAGCCAAGGAUGCCCCUGCAAGGUUACUUGAGGACACUCAGAACUUGGGGGUGGACCCCCGACACUUACAGCCUCUACUAAACGAAGCUGAAGGAUAUUACCAGAUAGGUUCCAAGCUUAAAUGUAAAGAACAAUUUGUCCUAUCAGUUACCAUUGCACAGGCUGCAAACUUAACACAGCUGAUACCAAGUUCUCAGCCCCUCCCUGUGACGGCCAAUGGGUACUUCUUCUACUUCUCCCUUCUGGGGAAUGAUGUCACCAAUGAGACUUUCCACGAUUUAAUAAAUCCAAACUUUCCUGCAGAACGAGCUUCUGUCAAAAUCCGAAGUAAUGUAGACACACUGAGGGCAUUCUUUUCCUGCCAGCCUGGUAUACAAAUACAUUUGUGUUGUGGGGAGCAAUCAUUAGGUAGCUGUGAGAUUCCUUUGAAAGAUCUUCUAGUCAAAAACAGUACAGAAAUCUACAUGAAACCAGUCUCAAUUGAGGGUUCCUUCCAGCUGAUACCCCCAAACAAAACCAAGCAGCAAAUAACCCCUGCCCCUGGGGAUCUAGCCCCCACUGUUGGAGUCUCCAUUGUACUAAGGAAAGAGGAAAUGGUGAUAUCCUCUACUGCCAAGAAUGACACUCAGGAAACUAAAGUUUUAGGGUCCCCUGUCAAGGACCGUGAUGUGUCCCCACCCAGGGGACCAGCAUCCCCAGCAGCCAAAACCAAGAAGGAUAGGUCACCAGCCAAACAGAGGGACAGAUCCCAGGAACCAGCCAAGGCAGAACCAGUCAAGGAGAUUGAUGACUACGAGGAUGAUUUUGAGGAUGGAAAUAACACACAGGAGUUUGUCAGUAGUUUUGAGGAGGAAAAAGGUGCUAAGAAAGCUACAGAGAAACCAGCAGGUGCCCCUCAGAGUCCCCGCAGCCCGGUCAGGUCACACCCUGUGGACAGUCAGACGACCACCUCCACUCACCUGGCCAUACCUCCCCAGGCCCACCACUUUACCUUCUCGAUUGACCUCCGAAGUAUCAAAGACUUCCAUAGUACCUCAACACUAAUGGUUUUUAUCAGGUACUCUUAUCCCUUUUUUGGAAGUGCUGCUCCGAUUUUGACAAACCCUCCUGUUGAGAUUAGGAAGGGGACGGAGGUCAUUCUUCCACAGUCGUUCUGUGCGUUUGACUUUGCUUGUACCACACAACAACUACAGGAAACAUUUCUAAGAGUCCCCCUGAUAAUAGAGGUGUGGCACCGAGACAAGCAGCUCUCACAGGACGUAUUAGUUGGGUCUGGACAACUCCCCCUCGAUCAAAUCAUUACCACAGAUAAAUUCAGAGUAUCAAGUAACACCGGCUCAACUGGAUGGAGGCAGACAUUCCAUGACAGACUCGGGAUCACAGCCAAUGACAGUAGCCAUCAGAAGAUUGGUGAGGUCUGUUUUGUUUUGUGUCUUGAGGACUGGGGACCAAUCACAGCCCAGCAAAUUGUCGUCCAGCAGGAGGUGCCACCACAGCCUGUGUUAAGUUCCCCCGUUCGAUCUCCAAAGGUGACUGAAAGACCAGUAAGUCCCGAGGAGCCCCGAAAGACUGCGGAGUAUCAGGCAGCAGUGGAAUUGGAAAUGUGGAAAGAAACACAGGAACAGAUGUUUGAAAACCAGCUGAAGCAAAAAGAAAUCAUGUACAUGAAGGCAUUAGCAGAGGAAUGGAAGAAGAGGGACAGAGAACGGGAAAUUAUUAUGAAAAAGAAAAUGGCAGAGUACACGCAGUCUGAGGAGAAAUUAAGGAAAACUUUGUUAGAUUUACAAAAGAGAGAAAAACAAUUAGCAGCCAAUGAACAAGAGGUCAUGAGACAACGUGGGGAGUUACAGAGGGAACAUGACAGGAAACUGCAGGAAAUGAAAGAGGCCUCCCACAGGAUGAAGGAGGACUGUCAACACCAGGUGGAGCUGGAGAGAAUGAAGGUCCGAGAGAUUGAGGGCAUUGUGGAACGCUAUAAAAAUGAGCUGAGUGAGAUGGAGAAGAAGUACCGAGGCCUGGAGAAAGAAUUCGCUGUUUAUAAGGAGCAACAGAACAGUAAACCGGAGGUUCGACUCCAGUCAGAGAUCAACCUCCUAACGCUCGAAAAGGUGGAAUUGGAGAGGAAGAUAGAUGCACUGUCAAAAUCCAAGCUCCACUAUAAACAGCAGUGGGGCCGUGCACUGAAAGAACUCGCACGAUUAAAACAAAAAGAGCAGGCUUCAGCAAAGGCUGAGCUCAAACGACAGCAGCAGGAGCUGGAACACAUGAGACUGAGAUAUCUCGCUGCCGAGGAAAAGGAGGUGGUCAACUCAGAGAAGAAAGAGCUAGAGGAACUCAAGAAUGAAUUGUCCAAGUUGAAGAAACUUGAGGAAGAGAAAGGGAAGUUUGUGUCAGAUGACAGCCCAAGAGAUGGGAUGCACCCCCUAAAGCCGGAUCUGGACUACAGCCUGGAUGACCACAUCACACGACUGAUAGAAGAGAGAGAUACUCUACUGAGGACAGGCGUGUACUCUACACAGGACAAAAUCAUCGCGGAGCUUGACAGGCAAAUCAGGGAAUCCAUCGCUGAGAAAAAGACCAAUGCCUUAUAGCAAUCCACAGGUGUCUACUCUAUUGAUGGAUGUAUUCUGACCAAACAAUGAUUUCAAGAUUUAACUUCUAAUAGCAUUGCAAAAUAUUUACAGAAAUUGUAAGGAAUGAUGUUAGAUUUUGAAAUCUCUGUGUUAUCUAUUUGCCUUAGAAAUUGAAGUACAUUUAUAAAACACUGCUUUCAUUGUCAGUUUUUAUUUUCAUUGAAUUCAUGUACAAUAUAUGUGAACUUGUCUGUUGGUAAAAUUUUUUCAUGAGUGGAAAUAUGGAUAUGAUUUUUUUUAAAUGUCAUAUUUUUAGACGUAUUAAAAAUAAUUUAAUUUUUCAUUUACUCCAAACCUUUCAUCAACCUCCAUUGGAAUAGGUAUAAAUAAGGAUUUAAAUAUGUACAGAUUGUGCUUUAAUUUUUUCAUUAUUUGAAACUUAAUUAAAUGUUAAUGUAAUUUAAUGAACCAUUUGAGUGUACAGUUUUAGAACGUGUUUGUCUGCUGGACACAGAAACUUCUCGAGUCUCAGAGUUAACCACGAUCAUAUGUAGCUUUUCUCAUUCUUAUGAACAGGUUAAUCAUGGUAAAGACAUUUCUUACAGGAUUUUCCGAGAAAAUGAAACAAGUGCUGCACUUCUUUCAUUAUAAAUUUCAAAGAAUUCUCUAUAAAUAGAUUUUUAAAAAUAUAUGACUUAUUUUUUCAAAAGUCAGGGAGUAAUGAUUUUUUGUUAGAAGUUCUUUGAGCAAAUCAUUGAACAAUCAAAAAAAAAAAAAUUGAUAAAAAAUCUGUUGAGAAGACAGUAAUUAAUUUUUUUUCAAACUUUAAAAUACAUGUAUUUUUCAGGAAUAGAUGGUUUCAUGAAAGCAGUUGGAAAAAUGUUAUAUUUGCUGGGAAAUACCUUUCCUCUUCUUACGUGUUUGUAUUGAUGGUAGAGUAGACACGAUGUGUGAUAUGUACUUCUUCAGUACUGAUGUUUAUUAAGUAUAGUUAGAUAUUAGGAUAAUAAAUUCAGAGUAGGUGGCUUAAUCUCAUUUUAUGUGAUGGAAGUGUAGCUGGUUGAAAGAAAUAGGUUUUCUUUUUGCUUUAUUAUUUUAUGUAUAAUACAAAGAAACAAGAGCCCAGUAUGUUUAUUUAAGCAAUAUUGUGAUAUGUAAAUAACUGUGUAUGCUAAAUACCGUACAUUAUAUAUUGCCAAUUGUACAUGUAACUUACCUUUUAACUGAAACAUUGACCCAUUAAAAUUUUGAAUAUAAA